UUCCAACUUUCCCAAUCGAGUCAAAAAAGCACAAGUUUCACGUUGCUUAUUUGUCUUUCGUGUGCAAUUAUUUUCGAGUUUAAAAAAGUUGUGACAGACGGUCCUAAUUAAUUUGGGAAAGAUAACCCCAAAAGGAUAAGCCUGUCGUGGAUAAGUUUGCGGAAGCAAAUUCGCCGUGCCACACAUGAUGGAGACGAGUUAAAAUUGACUACCGAGAGUUUGUUUAUUUUUGUUUUGUUUCCGGAGGUCAAAGCCUUAUUUUUUGAUGAAAUUCGUGUAACUGUAAGCUGCUCAGAAUUUGAAUUGAUCGCUAGUUGGUGCUAUUAUUAACAGACGAGAGGGUACGCAACUUAAAGGGGACACCUUCGAUGGAGACAAUUUUUUUCUGCAAGGGACGGACACCAUGUCGCUUCUUCAUGAUGAUGCACAUUUAAACACCGCUAAAAGCAGUUUAGGAAGGGUAAUUGCUGCUCGAACUCCUGCAGAAUUGAAGAAAAGAUUAAUGGACGCUCAUCAGCCUCGACAUUCGAGCGAGGGAGUGAUAGUUUGCUGUGGUACUGCGUACUUGACCGUGGAAAGAUUACUUUAUCAUCAACAAGAAACCAAUUGUCAGAUUAGCAAUAUUUCGCCGUUUUCACGAGAGGAGGAAAAUCCAUUGGACGAAGUGUCUGGUGAAGAAGAUCAGGACCAGGAGCCGGACGAUAGCAAUGAAUUUGAUCCCAUAAUUGACUCUGUUGAAUCCCUCCAGGCUGAGGAUAUUGAAGACAUUGACAUUUUCGAAGAGGAACCGCGUGCCUUGAUUGAAAGCAAUCAAGAGGAUAUUUCCAGAUACAUCAGAGAUGCCUAUAAGAAUGCUGCUCAAUCAUCGUUUCGACAUGACAAUAAAAGAGAUCCGAUCGGACUAUCGCCGGAGGAUGAAGGACAGGAUGACGAUGAAGAUGAUGACGAGGACGAUGAUGUUGAGCAUGAAGGGUGGCAAAAUAUCGUAAACGAAGAUGACGACGACGAUAAUAAUGUCAUGCUUACCGAAUGGGAUGAGGAUGAAUUGGAAGAAGUUGAAAUUUAUGGAGAAUAUGAGCGAAACGAUCCUGACUCCAUGUCUGGAAUUCAGCCCAAUUUUAAUGUAGAAGCUACGUACAGCGAGAGGGAGUCCAGAUCCAGAUCGACAGAUAUGGACAAUGACAGAAGAGUUGAAUUUCUUAGACGACAGGAACAGGAGGGCAAAUGGAAGUGUGAUUUUCCUGGUUGUACCUACUCUACCGUCCAAGAGAAAAACUUAAACAUUCAUGCAAAAUGUGCCCACGACCCAUCAAAUACACAUUUGUGUGAUUUUUGUAUCUGCCGAUAUAAAACAAAAUCACAACUGAGUCGUCACUUGAAAAUGUUUCACGGACUUUACGGUGGAACUCUAUCGACACCUAAUAUUGUUAAAGUCCUGGUGAAUGGUAAAAGUAAAUUCUGUUGCGAAGCUUGUGGAUACACGAAUCGUUCUGAGCACCCUUUGAGAGUACAUGUUCAUUCGGCCCAUGACCCGAACGGAAAGUUCAGCUGUCCGGAAUGUGUGUGUCAGUAUUCCAAAGGCAAUCAACUAACUCAACAUAUCUCAAUGGUUCACAAGAACAAGCAAGACGACGUGGAAAGAGGAAAUUCUACCCCAACGUCAGCAUCCAUCGCGACAAAAAUCUUGCCCAAAGCAACCAAUCCAUCCCCAAAGUAUUUGGUGACCUAUUCUGGAAAGAAGACAACUGGCCCUCAUUCCCAUGAACAGAUUGGACAAUUCAAAACUGAAACUGGAGUCUUUUCAUUCAACAAAGUCUUUACCAACAACAAGACGAUGUACACAUGUAGAUUCUGUGAAUACAUGACGAAAAAAAAAGCAACAAUUAUUACUCAUUCCAAGAGUGCUCACAAUACGAAUGCAAAAUUUGUUUGUCCAUAUUGUUCUUGUGGGUACGCAGCAGCUGCCCCGUUACACUUGCAUGUGGCAAGACAACAUCCAGAUAAACCGAAAUUGAGCAUUCCCAAAUCUAAGUCUGAAAAAACUUCACACCAAGUGCCCAAAGUGGUAGGAAAACCAGCAAAAGACAAUCCAAUAGUCUCACCAACUAAACGACCGUCCACUUAUGGUCACCAACAAAAGACGGAGAUUGUCAUGCCUCCUUCUGCACCGACUGCACCAACUGAUUCUUAUCGAUUGGUUUUCAGCGAUAACAAGAUGUUCUUCAAAUGUGAAGCGUGUGGGUUUCAGGCACGCGAUCUCCCUCUUACGAGCGCCCACAUUCAUAACACUCAUGGCCCUUCCGCAAAACACUUUUGCAAAUAUUGUACCUUCCGAUUUUCAUCUAGUGCAACGCUGGGUCUACAUGUAGCAAAUAGCCACCCCGAAUAUUGUCAAGAUACAGUAGACUCUGACGAGCCCGGAAUGGAAAUUCUUGCUGUCGAGGGUGUAAAUGUUUUUAGAUGCAAAUUGUGUACGUACGUGGUUCCUGACGGGAAAAAACUACGGCAGCAUAUUUUGGUUAGUCACGAUCCUAAUGGAACGUUUGCUUGUGGCCUUUGCACAUGCAGAUUUUUUUCGGUUGGACUCCUCAACGUGCACAAAUCUAAUUGUCAUCCAGAUAUGGAUGAAGUUGGUGAUGACGCUGCUGGUCUAGAUUCGCGAGACUAUGAAGACAUCCCAGCUGAAAAAACUCCACCUCGAAAAAAGACAAAUCCGAAAGCAAGUGCUACAAUGAAGACUAGCUAUUCUAUCCAGGUGGUCAAUAAUAAGCGCGUGUUUACUUGUGAUGGUUGUGGACAAAAUAGUCCGAAAGAAAAAGAAAUUAAAAGACAUAUCACGGCUGCUCACCACCCUAAAAAUAAAUUUAAGUGCCCGCAAUGCUUAUGCCGUUACGCCUUUUCCGCAGGCCUUAUGAAACAUAUAUCUUCAAAACAUAAGGCCGAUGCAACAAUGCCAAUAUUAUCACCAGCCGGGAUUAGCAAAGAUCGUCACCAGGUUUACAAACCUGUUGCUGAUGGAUUCAGUUCCAUAAUUAAUAAUGGGGUGCGUUCAUUUAAGUGCAACAAAUGUAAAUUCUCCACUUCAGAGGAAUGCAUGAUUGCAUCUCACAAGGGCCUUCAUUUAAUGUCGAAUAAAUAUCCCUGUCACGUGUGUUCAUACCGAUUUUCAACCAGCACAUUAUUAUUGCAACAUCAAACGGCUGAUCAUGAUCGUGAAAACUCGAGCAACGCCUCCUCUUCUAAAAAAAGCAAGGCUCCGACGCUAGUUAACCAAAAGAGUCCAGAAAUUAGUCUUGUUGGGUACAAGAAAGUCACUGUCGAGGGGGAGGGCAGCAGCUACCAGUGCACACACGCAGGGUGCAAAUUCACUUCCAAGUAUACCACACAUAUCAAGAGUCACGUUGCCGCAGCUCAUGAUUCUGCGCGAAGUCUGUGCUGUGGAUACUGCUCUUGCCGUUUUGAUUCACAAACCAGAUUGGACAAACACGUGAAAAUGUACCAUGCUAAUGUUGACCAAUCCAUAAUAGCACCUACUUCAAAAGAAGAUGAAAUUGACGAUCAAGACGUUGAGAACGAGGAGGAUGAAGAUGAGUUAUUUACGGGAGUUGCUGUUUUAAAAUGUCAAAUAAGUGGUUGUACAUUUGAGACUCCAGCAGACGAAGAAUUCGUUUUGGAAAACCAUAUGAAGAGUGCACACAGCCCAAAAGCCAAGUUCACGUGCUACAACUGUCCCUGUCGAUUCAACGACAAGGAUGCUCUGGACAACCACAUAAAGUCGAUGCAUAUCAGCCAUAAGUUGAACGACAUAAAUAACGAAGAUUCUAGCUCCAGCGACUGGAGGAGAUUCGAUCUCGAAGAAAGUGAAGCGACCGAACCAACCAGCAGCCAGCAUUCUAAUCCUUUCCAGUGCAAAUUUUGCGAUUUUGUGGCAGUCAACAAAUCCGGGUUCAUCACUCAUUUAACGGCCGCCCAUUCUGCAAAGAACCCCUUUAAAUGCGACCAGUGUUUUUGUCGAUUCAAAAGCCAAGGAGGACUAGGCUCACACCAAUAUAAAUGUCACUCUAAAAAGAAGCAACCAUCAUUCAAAGCACACACGACAAUGUUUGAGCGAAUGCAAGAAAAGAAAACAAGGGGUUUGCAGAAGCCUAAGAUUGCGCCUCCAGCCAAGGAGAACCAUAAUUGCCACUUGUGUUCUGCAUUAUUUAAUAAUGGCACUUCACUCAACUGGCACAUGAUUCGAGCACACGCUCAUCGAGUAAGUAACAGCUCAACUGAUGGUGCACGAUCGAAAGCACAAACCCCAAACAGCACCACUGAAGAUGUAUUAUCGAACAGUGCUAUUGCAAAGGCAGCGCGGAAGUAUGCCGAAGUUGAGGGGCCCGAUGACAUGCACUCUGACAGCGAGAAUGACGAUUUAUUUGAAAAACACAUUUUUAGUAAGAAGAAGGGAUCGUCAAAGUCUGACAUCAGCAGUGACACGACCCCUGUACAAACUCAUAUUUCGAAGCCAUCCAAUCACAAAAAGUGCUCAAAAUGUCCGUACACUGCUGCUCCUUCUCUUAUCGCACAACACGAAUCGAGAGCACACAUCGAAAACGGAAUAUCUUGCCCUUUCUGUACUUGUUCUUAUAAGUCAGAAACAUCUCUCAGACAACAUGUAGCUCUUUCGCACAAGACGCCAACGCGUAAGUCGUCAACGCCUGUUCACACCCGCGUUACCAGGAAUUCUAUUGAUUUACGAGAAAGGCAGAAGAUUUCUGUGCAGGAAACUGACGAUGUUUUGUCAACUCGACCUUCGACUUCCUCGGCAUCCAGAUCAGAGAAGGAAACUCCGGCAGCAAUUCCAAUAGCAAAGCUUCACAAAUGCUAUCUGUGUUCCUACACAUGUCGUCUCCCUGUUAAUUUGGAAGCCCAUAAAUUAACGGCACACGUCAAAGGUGGGUAUGUCUGUAAAUACUGCCCAUGUGCUUAUCGUACAAGCGCUGCGCUUAACAACCAUCUUAAACUCCGGCAUAAAAAGUACAUAUCCGUAGUACUGGCAGGAAGAGAAAAAAUGUCCUAUCAAAACGUUGAAGAGGACGACGGUUCGCAAUCAGAAGAUGACGAGUCAUCGUCCGAAUUGGCAUUGCGGUGUUCACAAUGCUCAUUCUCUACCAACCAGUCAGUCAAACUAACUGCUCACAUGAAUGUUGAACAUCCAAAUUCACCUAAUCUUGCAGCGCUGAACGAUUCAUCCCAAGAUUCAAGUAUAGCGGACGAAUUUUUUUGUUCCGAGUGUUCAUUCACAACGUCUUUAAGAAUAAAAUUGAAACGUCAUGAAGAAAAACACAAAAAUGCGCAGGAGCCGAAAAAUAAUACCCCACCUCAAGCUUCUGCGGCGAUUAGCGAUGAUGUAAGUGGAAAGGAGGAGGUACCAAGCAGGAGGAGUCUACGAUCUCGAAAACGCAAAUCAGACUGUCCAGAUAAAAAAGAAGAAGAACAAAGUUCUCAACAACAAUCCAAACAAGUGGCAAGUGUGGAGCCGAAAGCAAAACAAAUAAAAGUUCAACUAGAAGUGAUGAAUACAUUAAAGAGACCCCUUUCAACCCGAACAAGUACAAGACGAAGUGCUGAAGCGGCCAAGAAAGUAAUCGAUAGCGUCAUUCAAUCCGAGCAAAUAGAUGACGACGAGCUUGAUACUGUUGACGAAGCUGAAAAUAAGUCUGUGAAGAAAAGGAAGAAAUUGGACUCUGCUCCGCCAAGCAUUAUCUCAAUAUCAGAAGAAAAUGAGCAAGACACUAAUAUGGAAGACGAUGAAUUGAUUGAAAAUGAUACAACAGCUAGCCCCAAGAUCUCUAAAUCAGCACGACACGCGAAAGUAAUGAAACAAGUUAACGAUCGGCAGUCUUUAAAAGAAGUUGCAACAUUACAGCGUCCCACAGACCUUGUUAGAAAUGCAAAACAAAUGCAAGAAUCCAACAAGCGAACUGCAGGUCUUCGAGAAUUCAUGAGAUUUACGUGCUCCAGGUGUGCGCUCAGUUUCGACACGGUUCGACAAUUAACCUUUCACUUUCAUAGAUGCGAAGAAAAUUUUAAGGAAUUUACUUGUAAGCUUUGUGACAAUCAAGUAAGUUUUGGUACCUUGCUCAAACUCAAGGAGCACAUUUGGAGGAAUCAUUUGGUCGAAGAGGAUAGGCUAAAAAGCCAAUUAGACAGCACUGCUUCAAAAUCGUCCGAGCAAUGCCCUUACGUUUGUUCAUUAUGCAAGUUCGGCUUGAGUGACCGCAAGGCGUAUAUUUUUCACUUGAGCGUGCCACACUUGUUUCGUUGUAAAAAAUGUGCGUUUGUAUCUGGCACGAAAACCGUGAUGGACGAGCAUAAGCAAAAUAUACAUAAAAAACCGGACUUGCCCUCAGAUAAAGUCGUAGAAAAUGAGGAAGAGCCAUCGUUGCCCCCACCACCACCAGAUUCAGAUGAUAUUUUGAUCGUCUACGAAAGCACUGUACCCAUAUCAAAAGCAGUUGGGCGUGCUGAACGUCGUCGAAAAAUGGAGUCGAAGGAUUCAUCUUCAACGGAUACAGGAAAAUUACCGGGAUCACAAAAUGAAGAUCAGGAUAAAAAUGAAGACCAAAACAACGAGAAAACCAUGGAAGAUGAUGAACCGGAAGUAGGUGAGAGCUUGAUAUGUGACGAGUGCGGUCAUUUUUCCAUGACAUUGGAGGACGCCCAUGCCCAUAAUCAGGCCCUGGCGAAUAUUGAAAGCUUAAUUUGCUUCGUCUGUGGGUAUAUGGCGACUUCGCCGUGUGAUUCAAUUCUUCAUAGCCAGACUCAUCAACCUGAAGAUGACGAUGGCGAUGACGAUUCUACCGGCAUGGAAGAAUCUGAGAAAGAUCACGAAGAAGCUAACACAACAAUGGUUCCUGUACCAGAUUAUGAAAUCGAAAUAGAGUUUAAAGAUAGUCCAUGCCAGCUGGAAGGACUCGAUAUCGUUGACGUGCCUUUGGUGUCCGAUGACCAUGCCAAGAAUUUGGAGUCGGAUACAAAUCGUGUAAUUUUUAUCCAAAUGGAUAAUGCGGACAAUUAAAUUUCAUCCCAUUUAUAAUAUGCAAGACACUACAAAGACAAACGUGGUUAAAUGUAUUUAUUUUUAUUAUUAAGUUGUGCAAGACUGAUGCUAUUUUUAUAAGAAUAGCCAUAUCCUAUGUAAACGCUUAAUAAUAUCUACAUACUAAAUUUAAGUUUAAAAAAAAUAUCCCAACAAAGUAUGGCGAUUCGUUAAGAAAGUGCUGAUUAAUAUCUAAGUCAUGCGUAUUAUUUAUUAGUUCUCAACGACGUUUCAAACCUUUGGAACGAGUAUUUUUUGCUGAACCGAUUAAUUGAAAUGACAAUUAAAAAGGUAUGUUAUUUGAAAAAUAUUUCUAAUGAGGAUGUCAGCUCGGCAUCGAAAGUUUGCAUAAAAACAUUGAUUUAACGUAUUUAGUACUCGAUGGCUCGUGGCCAAAAUCGCCAAAAUCAGCACAUUUUUAAUCAUUCCUGGGCUCUGGGAAUUUAUUUUAAAAUUUGUACAGCAGGUUGUUGCCAAUUUUUCUAGAGUUUGGCAGUUUUUGAAGGAGGGAUCUCGAGGGUUUAAGAAUUCAGAGGAAUUUGGGCUCAUCGAAACUCACUGGCUGACCUUAAUUUUUAAAAAAAGCUCGCCACCAUUCUAGAUAUCAAUUUACUGACUAAAAUUUUACAAUAAAUUCCCAGAGCCGAGAAAUAAUUAAAAAUGGGUUGAUUUUGACCAUUUAUGCGAUGAGUCUUCGUCGUGACAUGUCUUGUGAGAAUUCAUGCAAUAAUUAUUUAUUCGUCCUUCAGAGUACUUCAGACUAUAGAUUCGGAGGCUUUUGUAUUUGCUCAGGUUUAUAUAUUUAAUCUACAUAAUUGAUAUCAAACGAUACCUUUUGCAAUGUCUGCGAAUUAUUGUAAUGAGGUGAUUUUCUGUUAAUAUUUGUGACAAAAUGUUACACCGUAAAAUUUUAAAUUGAAUCUGACCAUCAAAGUAAAUUAUUAAAGUUUAUUGUUUGCAAGACAUUUA